UUUCCUUUUCUUUGUAACCAACCCCUCACUCUGGCUGUGGGCUGCUCCUGCGUGCAUGUGGGGCCUGCCCUGGCUGUUGCUGUCCCCGUUGCAGUCCCCAGUCUGGGCUCUCUCACAGUCCCCUGGCUUGGCUGCCUGUCUGCCUGACCUGGUUCCACCCAUCAAACCACUGAGGCUCAGGAUUUUCCUCUGCAAAAUGGGAGUGUUCAAGAAGGCCAGCCCCAACGGAAAGCUCACUGUCUAUUUGGGCAAGCGUGACUUUGUGGACCACAUUGAUCUGGUGGACCCCGUGGAUGGUGUGGUCCUGGUGGAUCCCGAGUAUCUCAAAGAGAGGAGAGUCUACGUGACUCUCACGUGCGCCUUCCGCUAUGGCCGGGAGGACCUGGACGUGCUGGGCCUGACUUUCCGCAAGGACCUGUUCGUGGCCAACGUGCAGUCCUUCCCGCCAGCACCCGAGGACAAGAAGCCCCUGACGCGGCUACAGGAGCGCCUCAUCAAGAAGCUGGGCGAGCAUGCCUACCCUUUCACCUUCGAGAUCCCACCAAACCUGCCAUGCUCUGUGACGUUGCAGCCUGGGCCAGAAGACACAGGCAAGGCCUGCGGGGUGGACUACGAAGUCAAGGCCUUCUGCGCUGAGAACCUGGAGGAGAAGAUCCACAAGCGGAACUCUGUGCGUCUGGUCAUCCGGAAGGUUCAGUAUGCUCCCGAGAGGCCCGGUCCCCAGCCCACGGCCGAGACCACCAGGCAGUUCCUCAUGUCCGACAAGCCCCUGCACCUGGAGGCCUCCCUGGACAAGGAGAUCUACUACCAUGGCGAACCCAUUAGUGUUAACGUCCAUGUCACCAACAACACCAACAAGACCGUGAAGAAGAUCAAGAUCUCAGUGCGCCAGUACGCGGACAUCUGCCUCUUCAACACCGCGCAGUACAAGUGCCCCGUGGCCAUGGAGGAGGCUGAUGACACCGUGGCCCCCAGCUCAACAUUCUGCAAGGUCUACACGCUCACCCCAUUCCUGGCCAACAACCGAGAGAAGCGGGGCCUGGCGCUGGAUGGAAAACUCAAGCAUGAGGACACGAACUUGGCCUCCAGCACACUGAUGCGGGAAGGCGCCAACCGCGAGGUUCUGGGCAUCAUUGUCUCCUACAAAGUGAAGGUCAAGCUGGUGGUCUCACGGGGCGGCCUGUUGGGAGAUCUGGCAUCCAGCGACGUGGCCGUGGAACUGCCCUUCACCCUAAUGCACCCCAAGCCUAAAGAGGAGCCCCCACAUCGGGAAGUUCCAGAGAACGAGACGCCAGUAGACACCAAUCUCAUAGAACUUGACACCAACGAUGAUGACAUUGUGUUUGAGGACUUUGCCCGGCAGAGGCUGAAAGGCAUGAAGGAUGACAAGGAGGAAGAGGAGGACGUCACGGGCUCCCCAAGGCUUAACAACAGAUAGGCUGGGGCUGGCCCUUCCUAUGGGCAGCUCCGGUUCUCACACACUAGGAUGCUUCUCCGUCUACUUCCUAUUCUGGUGUCCGCCCCCACCCCUGCCCCAUCCUGCCCAACCCCACUCCCCUGGUCUUCCAGUUUCUCCCAGGGGGCCCGGAGGUUGUUUUUUGGGGGGGCCUUGGAGAUGAGCCUCAGGACCAGCCCCGCAGCCUCCAUGCCAACAGGACCCCAGCGUGUCCUCCAUCCUGUGUUCACACUCCAUGCUCCCUCCACCUGCUCCUGUUCCCAGAAAGGUCACCUGUGGCCUUGGGAAUGGCCUGGUGUUAGGAGGAAGGAAAGAGGGAGGCGUGAGGACUUGGAGACACUGGGUUUGCAGGCCUCAGACGCAGAAGACAACAUGAACAACAGCCCCUGGUGGUCAGCGUGUUUCUGGCAGCUAAAAGAUGACCUGCCUUGAAGGCCACCUUCUCGUGGCUGGAAGAGGCAGGCUGCGGAUCGAUGCUCAAUGCCCUUGUGCAGUUUGGAACACCAAAGACCUCUCCCUCCUGCCCUCCCCAUCCUGGCCCCUUGAGCCUGUGUUGGACAGUGACCUUCAUGGACGGGUCCUAGCCCAGGGAGUGGAGAAAAGCAACUGGACUUUGUUGUCCACGGUAUUGCCAGUUGAAGGGAGGCUGUGUGAGCUAGCUGAGUCUGCAUCAGCGUGGGUUGGCAUGCCUCAUCAGGUCAGCCUGUACUUCUGGGGACCUUUAGCAGGGAGGGAGGGGCUCUUUAGCAGGCUGUGGCCCUAGGGUGGAGGAGGGAGGGUUCCAGAGGUGAGAAAUAGGCUCAGGAAUUGUCCUGGAAGCCUUGUUUUGUGGAUUUAAGAUGAUCACAUGGCAGGAGGCAAGAAGGGAGGCCUCAAGGCAGCUGGGGUUUCCCACUGUGUCUUCCUGCUGCCUCCUGUAGAUCUUACCCCGAACUAGGCUGGGGCUGCAGCCAGGGUGCAAGUGCUCAUGGCCAGUUUGCCCAGAAUAGAGGGUCCUUCCCAGAAGGCGGCAGGUCCUGCUGAGAUACAGGCACUCAAGGAGGUGAUGGACACUGAGGGCCAGGAACUCCUCCUUUUCCCUUGCCAAGUGGGAUGCCCCUGCUGUUGCCAUGAGCUGCCACAGGCAGACAAGCAGUGAGGUAGAGUGUGUUGAAAAGAUCUUGUCUGGUCUUUGAUACUAACUUGCUGUAUGAUGCAGGGCAGGUUCCUUCCCCUCCCUGGGCCUCUGUUCCUCACCUGGAACACUGAACAAAUAGAUGGUGCUGGCCUCUAUUUGUGAACAGGUUCUGAUGGGGGGAAAGGGGUCAGAGCUGCCUGUUGGUCCUCUGGUGUUCAAGGGGUCACACCGGGUGUGGCCGUGCCCUUUGAUCCACAGCCUGGAAGGCAGACGUGGAGUUUGCCUGAUAUCUGCAAGGCCACAGCCUACAUGUGCUGCUCGUCUCUCGGGCCUGGAGCUUCUCAGGAGGGGCAGGGUUUGUAUCUGGCAGGCAGGGAUGGCUGCUCGCAAUAGGGCAUCUCAUAGUGCACCAUCCCAGCAGAUGUGGACUCCCUGAGCUCUCCCCAUGCAAAUAGGUUGCUUCACAGGACAGACUGCACCCCAACAUCUGCUGUCUUCUCUGUCACAUACCAGCUUGAAAAAGGGAGACAGUACGUUUUAGCACUCGAGGCCAGUGCUUCUGGAGGUGGGCAACGGUUCAGUUCCCAAGCCUGGGGUCCCUGCCUCUUCUGAAUCUCAUGAGCGCUCAGCCCAGCUCAGAACCAAGUCAAUGCAGGACAGUGGCACUGUCCUGGCCAGUUGUGAGGUCCCAGCCCCCUUGCCAGAGCUUUGGCUGGGCCCUUCGCACUCACCCCACCUCAAACCCCGGGCAGCUGUACGAGGGGGUCUUCAAAAAGUUUAUGGAAAAUGUGUAUGAUGAAAAAAAACUAUGCAUGAAUCUCAACUUUUUUUGCACCAAUAAACUUACUCUUUUAAUUGCAUUUUCCCACCACUUGUUGAAGGACCCUCGUAGAGCUGAUAAAAUGCUGGACAGUACACGGUGGGUGCUCCAGUGUCUUCUGCUGACAUCUCUAGGGUGAUGCAGGGUGCUGAAGCUUUGGAGGGUGGUGACCAGUCCCCUAUAGGCCCUCCCCCCAUUGCUCAUGUGUACACACAAAAGCUUUGUCUGACUGGCUUUCGGAGCAUCCUCAGCCUCCCCUUCUGGCUUUAGCCUAGUGUUGCACUGUAUUGUCUCCAACCACUGGGCAGCCUCAGAGCAACCCCUCCACCCCACACACACACACCUGUCAUUGAACCUUUGAAUCUGGAUUGCACAAGAUCAGUGGCCAAGUUUAGUUGGAUUCAGGCUCACCAGUCUCUUGAUAGCGCCCCUGCCCUGUGCCCCACCCUGGAGCUGCAGAGAUGGGGCUGUCCCAGUCCCUGUCCUCAGGAAGCCCAUGGUUCAGAAUGCUAGGGAGGGACUCUCUUGCCUUUUGGGCCCCCUGGCUGUUGCUGGUCCACAUAGUGCCUUGAUGGGAAUUCGCCAACCACACGCCUUCCUAUUGGUCACAGGCCUGCAUCGGAAGGCACAGCUUGGUGAGGGGUUGCAUUUGAGGCACACUUGCCCUUGUCCCAGUGCACUCCUGUACGAUCCUAUGCUAUGGCCCUAUAGGCACACAAGCCACAGCAUCCCCUCUGACCUCUCUCCGAAGAGAAAUGCCCCGGGUCUCUCCAAGGCUUCUAGUCAGGCUCCAGACUCCACCCCUAUGCCCACUUGAGCCCACAGGGUGAACUUCCCAGAGCCCUGUCCACUCUGCAGGCAGCCUGCCCAGUGAGACCUGGUGAGAUGGGGCGGGGAGCCUCGCUAGCACCCAGGCACUAGCCCGUGGCAUUGUCUGUUCCUAUGCCAACCACAUAGUGCUAUGUGGAUGGCGCAUCCAUGCCGGUCUGGAUGUGGAGGAGUGGCAUGCCCUGGGUACGGGGCAGGCAGCCAGGCUUCUUGGCACCCCAACCAAGAGGGGCAUUCAGCUCUUUGAAGGCAAGGAUCCAGUUAUUUGUACCCCACUCCCACGCCAGAGCUUCCUUAGGUACAAAGCCGGGACAGGUGAGGGUGGGCUUACCUGCAGAAUGGGUUCUGCUGGGAGAUCUGCAGGUCCCCACAUGGUGCAGUCAGAGGGUGCUGGAAGUCCCUGGUGCUGCCUCUCAGACCUGCGGGGUGGCCUUGAGCACAUUGAUCUGGGUCGUGGACUGUUUUCCUAACUGUAAAAUGGGACAGUGAUCCCUUCUUCAAGGAGGAGUUGUGGGGCCCAGCUGAGACUAAGGCCAGCCUAUGGUGCCAUGUCUGCUGCUGAUGCCUGCACAGCAUGGCCGGCCCUGCACCUUGCAGGGGUGUGGCCCCAGGCUCACAAGCCACUCCCCCUUCCCCUGUGAGUCUUCACUGCUUUGUUCUCCUUUUCACACGGUCAAUGGCAGGCAGAAUGAGACGUGGCCAGCUUAGCUUGGUGACCCAGCUGAGACAACAUGCCGUGACCAAGAUCGGCCUUUUCGGUAAUCAGAACAGAAGACAUGGCUGUUGUCAACAAUGGGAGAGAAGGGCAUCUACCCAUCUGCCACCCAUACCUCCCACGUGGCAGGCUCUGUGGGGACUGAGAAACUUUGGUGCUGACUGGCUUGAGGAGAGGCAUGCCCUCAUGCUCGGGGGUUCAGCCCCCUACCUGCCUCUCCAGCAGAGUAGGCUCCAUGGAAACUGCCUGCUCCUGUUCUUCGAAGGGUGAGGCCCCAUCCAGCAUCAGAAGGAGCCAACACAGUCCCUGGGAGAGCUUCAGGUCCAGGGACAACCAAAGUCUUGAGCCUGGACCACCCAUCCCCAGCUGACCCAUUCCCCAGGAAGCGGCAUCUCUCUUAGCUGCAUUUGGGCCUGUGCCUUCCCACCGUUCCAGGAGGAGGGCCAGGCCCUCAUCUUGAACUCUCACAGAGUCUCGUGGAUGCAGGCCUAGACUUGCUCUGGCAGCUUGCUUUUUACACUAGGUGAGGACCAAAACAGACACCUCGCCCCUCACUCACACAGCCUGGCAUGGAGCCCGCAUACUAAGUGGUGCUGUGUCCCUUUGGCUCUCCUUCCUGGAUUAUAGUGGCUCUACUACAGGUUCUCCCAUCUCUUCCACUUGCCUGCAGGGUUACUUCCCUGUGGCCUCAAGGAAGAAGGGGCAGGUGCAGGUCCCUGGGACCCCUGCAGACCCUGAGCCUGUGGCUUUCCAGCAGGGGCUGUGGGCCGUUCGAGAGUUUGCAAAGUGUGCUGAGGAUCAGCUCCGGUGGGGAAGAGGGUGAAGGCAAAGGGGAGGUCUCCAGCUCAUCUCCAUCUCUACCCAUUUCCCUUGCAAAACUGUGUUUUUGAAGAAAAAUGUCAUGCCCCUGUCAUGAGUUUGAGGUGAGGCCCACAAGCCUGGCUUCUCUGGUGAUCUCUGUUGGAACAGCUCCAGUGUGGCACCACAAAGGAACUUUGCACUGGUGCCAGGGUCACAGGCACAUGCAUGUAACACUCACACGCUCCCCAGGCACCCUACUCCGCAGUCCUGACCUGGAUUUGGUUUGGGCAAGCUGCGCAGUGAGGAAGGGGCUGGACCCUUGAUGUAGGUCCUGCCACUGGGAACUGUGAAGUCAGAAGUGCUGUGUCUACACAUCCCUGGUGCCAUCCACUCCCCGGCUGCAGGCCUUUGGGGCAGCAGGAAGGGGUGUGAUAGGAGAAGAGCCAGUCAGAUUCGGCAUGGAUGGAGCUCAGGGCUCACAAAGAUGCAAGGAGGGAGGGGGAAGCCUUUAAGACAAAGUCCCCUCGGAGCGUUUGGAACAGCAAGUCUCUCUGGAGCAAUUCUAAUAGAGCUGCCCUCUGACCCCUGGGGACUAACAGGUGCACAUGCCCACAGGGAGGUUGGUCCCCCCCCCUCACCAAAACCCUGAAGCUUUGAGCUCUCUGCCUAAUUCUCUGCUUGGGCUUCUCCCUAGAGCUCAGGAGCACAUUUAGGUGAGAUCUGAACCAGCCCUUGGCACAGUUGCCUGCUCAGAGCCUUUUACCCAGGGCAUCCCAAGUGAAAAUGGGACGCUCGGGACAUAGCCAGCCACAGGGUACCCGAGUGCCAGUUAGGACUUGCUGUGUGAUCUGAGUGGGCCUUUGGGGGCUCUCAGGAUCCUCAGUCUCCCCAAGUAUAACAUGGGGCCAGUGCCAGGCUCCGCCCACUACACAGGGACCCUUGCAGAGGUCACAGGAGAUGUGGGUAGAGGUGUGGUCUUGUGAGACAGUGGCAACUGAGAGGCAGGCGCCUCGCCCACUUGGGGCCGUUCUGCUUGGGAUUCUGUCCUGGCCACAGACACAUGGUGGGGUAUGUCUCCUCCUCCUGACUGGGCCUCUGCGUGCGGGGCAUGGCGAAGGGGGCAGAAGGGAGACGGCAGCGUCUCCAGAUGUGUGGAGUGAUUGUGCUGUGAUAGUCCUGGACCACUCGCCAGGGUCACCUGUUGUACCCGUGCCAUUCCUUAUCAUGUCUGAUAAGUUUCUCUAGUUUUCUCCAACUGUAACAGGACAAAUGAACAAAAGAAGCAUAUGUAGGAGGCCAUUAAAGGUCUUUCGUGACGGAG